CUUUCAGAAAAUUUAAAAAGCAAUGUGCCUCCUGAAGCUGCCAGUAGUUCUCAUCGUACUCUCCGUUGCAUUAAACCACCUGAAAGCUACUCCCAUCAAAAGUCACCAGAUGGAAAAGCGGAAAUGCAACACUGCCACGUGUGUGACUCAACGCCUGGCAAAUUUCUUAGUUCGUUCCAGCAACAAUCUUGGUGCCAUUCUCUUGCCAACUGAUGUGGGAUCCAAUACAUAUGGCAAGAGGAACACAGCUGAGAUUUUAAACAGGGGGCCAAUGAAUUACUUACCGCUUUAGAGGUCCAUGUAUCUCUACAGUUCUUAUUGUUUGUAUAAAUAUACUAGUGACUUCCUGUGUAAUUUAACAUAAGCUUGAACAUGGAUGUUAUGUCCCAUGUUUACUGCCAGUACAUAUAAAUUGUGGUGGUAAGAAUUGUUUUAAAUUUAAUGCUGAUUGAUAGAUAUCCCAUAAUAAAAAAAAGUCAGUGUCUUCAAAAAUGAAGUUUUCUUGCUACUGAUUUUUAUUUUGAAAACAUAUUAAAAACUCAUUCUUUUGCCUAUAUUUUUAUGACCCAUGUUUGAGAACAAAAGAGAAAAUGGUAUUUGGAAACUUGGUAAAUUGUAAAUAG